AUGAAUCGCACCUCAAAUAAUAAUUCGUAUUCAUCAACUAAUUCAAGAAUGCUACCAGCAACAGUUACUGAUUGGGAGGAUUUACGUAAACAAGCACGACAACUUGAAAAUGAAAUUGAUGUUAAAUUAAUGUCAUUUUCAAAAUUAUGUUCAAAUUAUGUUGCACGUGAUCAAACAUUACAUCCUUCAUCUUCAACAUCUCCAUCAUCAUUCGAAGCUAUGUCAAUUGAAAUUGAUAAACUUCUUGAACAUUUAUCGGAUAUAAAUAAACGUAUGGCUGAUGCUAUACCGGCAUUAAGUGGACCUAAUACAGCUGCAACACAUACAUUACAACGUCAUCAUGAAAUUUGUCAAGAUUAUCGACGUGAAUUUGAUCGAACAAAAGCAAAUAUAAGAAAUUUUCAAACACGUGAAGAUCUUUUAAUAAAUAAUAAUCCAAGUUCUGAUAUCAGUACACCAGGUCUUAGUAGUCGUCGACAAGACUAUUAUUUACGUGAAAUGGAUCAUUUAACAAAUUCACAUAAAUUAAUCGAUGGACAAUUAGAUAGUAUGAAAAUGUUAAAAGAUAAUUUAUUUGAUCAGCGAAAAUAUUUUAUGAAUAUAACACAUAAAGUUAAAAAUCUAACAAAUCGUUUCCCAUUAAUGAAUAAUAUAUUACAAAAAGUAAAAAUAAAAAAACGUAAAGAUUCUCUUGUACUUGAUAUGGCUAAUGAACAUCAUCAUCAUUUAUUAUAUAAGCAUGCUUCACUAAGUUUAUUUGAAAGUUAUAUUGCUAUUGAAAAAUUUAUUAUUGAUACACGUUUAUCAUUUAUUGAUCAAUAUAAAUUAUUUGAUUUGUUAAAAAAAUUACUACCACAAGAAGAUAAUCAUUUAACAUGUCAAGGUUUUCUUUCAUGGCUUGUUUGGCGUGUUGAUCAACAUGAAGAACAACAACAUCAUCAACAUGAUAGACAAAUUAAUACAAAUAAAAGAUUAUUGAAUGAUAGUAUGGUAUCAGAGAAUGUUUUUGCCAAUAAAAGAUUAAGAAUAAAUCAUGAAACAUAUUCAGAAGCAGAACCAUAUAAUGAUGUUUCUUUAGUCCAUUAUACUCAACAACAAUUAGAGAAUAAUAUUAAUGCAUCAUCAGAUAUCCAUCAACAGAUAGCUCGUUUACAGUCUAUUGUUCUUCGUCUUGCAUCGAAUAUAGAUACUCUCAAUCAUCAAUCUGAUAUUCAUAAUUCACCACCAUCAUUUUCUGAAUCAAAUAUAAAACAUGAACAUAUAGAUGAUACUGAACCUUCAGAACUUGAAAUCGAAGAGGAUCAGGAAGAGGAUGAAACAUCAGAUAUUACUCAACGAUUAGAUCUUCCAGCUAGUACAUCAACGAACCUGACAUAUACAAUGCAUCCAAUUCCUACAAAUACUAUUAUAUAUAAUGGACGAAAUAUGAUGAAACAUCUUCGACGACGAACAACUCUGACUAGUUUUGCUCGCCAUGUUGCAAGUGAUCUUUUUUCUCGAGAUGAAAUCAUGGCGAAAUUACAUGUUGACCAUAAUAAUGAACGUGAUAUUUUUCUUCGACAUUGCAUAUGUACAGCAUGGAAUUUAACUGAACAGGAACUUUAUUUAAUGUGGCCAAAAAUCCGUAAUGCUUUAUUACAACUUCGUCGUGACGCAAUUGCUGGUAAAUGUAUUCGAAUGAAUAGUAAACGAAAGCAGCAACAGCAACAACAAAUACAGCAACAACAAUCAUCAAAUCAUAAUGAAUGCAAUAGCGAAGAUGAUGAUGACGAUGAUGUUGACAAUCAAAUAAAGUCCGACUUAUGUAGAUAA